AUGAGUAGAAUUUUCAAGUAUGAUGUUGUGACUUUAAUCGAAGCAAUAGAAAAUAAACCUUGUUUGUGGGAUAAAACUGCAGAUUGCUUCAAGGAUAAGAUUGAAAAAGAAAAAGCGUGGAAGGACGUGUGUGCGUUUUUUGAAGAAGAUUUCCUAGAAAAGGACAAAAAGGAACAACACAAAAUAGGUGAAGCAAUUCGUGGGAAAUGGCAAAAUAUCCGUGACUCUUUUGUGAAGUCAUUGAAGAAAAAAUCUGGACAAGCCACUACAAAAAAAUAUAUGUACCAUGAUAACCUAACAUUCUUGCUGAAAGUGGUACAAUCAGACGACACGCAGUCAAGUAUUGAUGACACCCAGGAUAACGAGCAUUCUCUGUUGAAAGAAACCCAAAACGAAGCCGAGAGGGAGUCUGAAGUACAAGUGCAACUCCAAAAAAAUAUCAACCCUAUGCCUGCAGGAAACAGGAACACAUCAAAAAAACCUCGCUUGCAAGAAGAUGUAGAUAAGAGAAUUUUAACAGCCCUAGAAAAGCCACCUGACGAGGAUGAGGCAUUCUUUCUGUCAAUUACUCCAUCAGUACGAAAAAUGUCAGAAGAUGAUAAGCUGGAAUUCCGCAUGAAUGUACUUCAAUUAAUAAAAAAUAUUAACAUGCGUAACAAAAUGCAAUCGCCAGCAUUUGCCAGUCACACAUCUACAUCAACCUCUCGAUCAUCAACGCCAUUUUCACACAAUACAUUUCCACUUUCCAAUAAUUCCAGUAAUAGUCAACAUGCUCAUGAUUUUCAACAGAGUCAACAGCAGUGUUUACCUGGUAAUCUAGCCCAGCCUACCUAUAAUAAUCCCAGUUCAACUUUAUCUGAACCCACUAUAACCUUUUUUCAAGACCUCUAA